AUGGAGGACGGCUACCAAAACCGGACUGCCUUCAUAAAAGGUGCCAAAGACAUUGCCAAAGAAGUCAAGCGGCAAGCUGUUAAGAAGGUCGGCCGUUCAGUGGAUCGGAUGAGCGAUGAGUACAGUAAGCGCUCCUACAGUCGUUUUGAAGAGGAUGACGAUGAUGACUACCCAAUGCAGGGAAGCCAGGAUGGCGGUUACUACCGUGGAGACAGCCAGGCGGCCAAUGAUGAUGAGGGUGGCCACAGUGACUCCACGGAGGGUCAUGAUGAGGAUGAUGAGAUCUACGAGGGCGAGUACCAAGGAAUCCCCAGGGCUGAUUCAGGCAAAGGUAGCCUGGCUGGAGGGCCGGGCUCGAUGGGGGCUGGCGCUCAGCAGUUCAGAGAUAUCGGGGUGUCUGAGGCCGAGAGGAGGAAGGACCAGGAGGAGCUGGCUCAACAAUAUGAGACCAUUUUACAAGAAUGUGGUCACGGGAAGUUCCAGUGGACCCUGUACUUUGUGUUGGGUCUGGCUCUCAUGGCAGAUGGCGUUGAGAUCUUUGUGGUCGGCUUUGUCCUCCCCAGCGCUGAGAAGGAUAUGUGCCUGUCCGAACCUAACAAAAGCAUGCUAGGCCUGAUUGUAUAUUUUGGGAUGAUGGUCGGGGCUUUCCUCUGGGGGGCCCUGGCUGACCGGAUAGGCCGUCGGCAGUCUCUUCUCAUCUCUCUCUCCAUCAACAGUAUUUUCUCCUUCUUCUCCUCUUUCGUCCAGGGCUACAGCACCUUUCUGUUUUGCCGGCUCCUCUCCGGUGUUGGGAUUGGUGGCUCAAUUCCCAUCGUGUUUUCCUACUAUUCUGAAUUUCUGGCCCAAGAGAAGCGCGGUGAGCACCUGAGUUGGCUCUGCAUGUUCUGGAUGAUUGGGGGAAUAUACGCAUCGGCUAUGGCCUGGGCUAUUAUCCCACAUUAUGGAUGGAGUUUCCAGAUGGGCUCGGCGUAUCAGUUCCAUAGCUGGCGUGUGUUUGUGUUAGUGUGUGCAUUUCCUUCUGUUGCAGCCAUCGCUGCCCUCAACGCCAUGCCAGAGAGCCCACGCUUCUACUUGGAGAACGGCAAGCAUGACGAAGGUUGGAUGAUUCUGAAGCAAGUUCACGACACAAACAUGCGAGCAAAAGGAUACCCAGAGAGGGUGUUUUCUGUCACCACAAUCAAGACGGUGAAACAGAUGGAUGAGUUGGUGGACACCGGCACCGACACUCCAGUCUGGCAACGCUACAGACUGAAGAUUAUGAGCCUCUCCCAUCAGAUCCGGAAUAACAUUCUUGCCUGCUUCAGCCCUGAAUAUAAGCGGACGACUUUCAUGCUCAUGGCUGUUUGGUUUACCAUGUCUUUCAGCUAUUACGGCCUGACGGUGUGGUUCCCAGACAUGAUCAAGUACAUCCAGAAGCAGGAAUAUGAAUCAAAGACAAAGACCUUCACGAAGGAACGAGUGGAGCAUGUCACUUUUAACUUUACCCUGGAGAACCAAGUGCAUCGCCAAGGACACUACUUCAAUGACAAGUUCCUCAACCUGAAGAUGAAAUCAAUGGUGUUUGAAGAUUCCGUGUUUGAGGAGUGCUACUUUGAGGACAUCACCUCCACACACACCUUCUUCAGAAACUGCACCUUCAUUGCAAGUUUGUUCUAUAACACAGAUUUGUUCAAAUACAGGUUUGUCAACUGUAAACUGAUCAACAGCACGUUUCUCCACAACAAGGAGGGCUGCAUGCUCGACUUCAGUGACGAUUUCAACAAUGCUUACAUGAUAUACUUUGUCAACUUCCUCGGCACAUUGGCAGUGUUGCCCGGCAACAUUGUGUCGGCUCUAUUAAUGGACAAAAUUGGCCGUUUGAGGAUGUUGGCGGGAUCCAGCGUUAUAUCUUGUGUCAGCUGUUUCUUCCUGAUGUUCGGCAACAGUGAGUCAGGGAUGAUUGCCCUCUUGUGUCUAUUUGGUGGCAUUAGCAUCGCCUCGUGGAACGCCCUGGAUGUGAUCACAGUGGAGCUCUACCCCUCCGAUAAAAGGACCACGGCGUUCGGCUUCCUGAACGCCCUCUGUAAGCUGGCGGCCGUCCUGGGCAUCAGCAUCUUCCAGUCAUUUGUCGGCAUCACUAAGGCUGUUCCUAUCUUAUUUGCCGCUGGUGCACUCGCUGCAGGUAGUUUCCUUGCAACAAAGUUACCUGAAACACGAGGCCAAGUGUUGCAGUAA